UUUUACCCGCGAAACGCAGCCGUGCUUCCGCUCAGAGUUUGUUUUCAUCCGAUUAAAGGUUUUCUUUUGUGUUUACGUGUUCUGGUCCUUCGCGAUGUUUUGUGAGAAAGUCAUCGAGUUGAUCAGAGAACUUCACCGCAUGAGCGACGGACAGCUGCCCGCUUUUAACGAGGACGGACUGCGGCAGGUUCUGCAGGAGAUGGAGGCUCUUUAUGAACAGAACCAGAGUGACGUUCAAGAGGCGAAGUCUGAGGCUCGAACUGAACUGAUUCCUUCAAUCAAACUACGUCACUGCUGCCUGCUGAGAAACCAACGCUGCGUCAUCGCCUACCUGUACGACCGUCUGCUGAGGAUCAGAGCGCUGCGGUGGGAGUGCGGCAGCGUCCUGCCCGCGAACGUCCGCUUCCAUAUGUGUGCGGAGGAGCUGCAGUGGUUCAGUCAGUAUAAAAAGUCUCUGGCGUCCUUCAUGCGGUCUCUGGGUGGAGGAGAAGGUCUGGACAUCACUCAGGACAUUAAACCUCCUAAGAGUCUCUACAUCGAGGUGAGGUGUUUAAAGGACCACGGAGAGUUCGAGAUCGACGACGGAACAGUGAUUCUGCUGAAGAAGAACAGUCAGCACUUCCUGCCGCGGUGGAAAUGUGAGCAGCUGAUUCGUCAGGGCGUCCUGGAGCACGUGGUGUCCUGAUGAAGGGGGAGGAGCCAGAGAGCAGCGAGCUGGAAACUCACAUCCUGUGCUGAUGAAGGGGGAGGAGCCAGAGAGUAGCAAGCUGGAAACUCACAUCCUGUCCCGUGGUCAAUGGUGGAAAUGUUUGAGUCAAAAAAAUAAAAUCUGUGUUUUUGUAAAA